UUCCCCGGAUUUUGCCAUCACCUUCCGUUGACGGAUACUCGUGAGAUCGCGAUGGUCAGCCAAUUAAAUUAAUACUACUAGAAUACUAGCAAUUCCUUGUCCUGGUCGCUAAGGAACUUCUCACAGUCUUUCCCCUAUACAAUGCAUUGAACAUUACUCCAGUUGCAGUCUACAGCUAGAAAAGGACGGAGAGUCAAAUUAGGUGCCGGUCGAUCGAGAUGGAAGAAGUGAAGUUGUUCGGUCAUCGGGCAAGCCCAUUUAGUUGCAGAGUGGAGAUAGCCCUGAAACUUAAAGGAGUCCACUACGAUUUCAUAGCAGAAGAUCCAUCCAACAAAAGUCCUCAGCUUCUGCAAUACAACCCUGUGCACAAAAAAAUCCCUGUGCUGCUUCACAAUGGCAAACCCAUUGCCGAGUCUUUGGUGAUUCUUGAAUAUAUUGAUGAGGUCUGGAAGACUAAUCCAAUCCUGCCCCAAAACCCUCAUGAGAAAGCCAAGGCACGUUUCUGGGCCAAUUAUGCCGAAGAAAAGUGCUUGCCUGCCCUUUUCAAAACCUUCUGGAGCGUUGGCGAGCAAUAUGACAAAGACAAGGCAGAAGCUGGAGAGGUCCUGAAAUUUCUCGAAGAUGAACUCGAGGGGAAGAAGUUCUUUGGCGGAGAUAGCAUUGGGCUGGUGGACAUUGUUGCCAAUUUCAUAGCAUUUUGGUUUAGGACAAUUCAAGAAGCUCUAGGAUUAGAUGUCCUCACCAAGGACAACUUCCCAAAGCUUUGGGAAUGGGCUGAAAACUACGUUAAUUGUAGUGAUAUCAACCAGUUUCUUCCCCCAAAAGACAAACUAAUUGCCAUUUUCCCUCCUCCUUACAUGGGACAGCAUCUUGUUGCCUUCUUUCAAUCUCGUCUGGCAGCUGCUGCCGCUGCUAAAUAGACUCCUGCUGUUCACCGUUCAGUAGAUCAAGAGCUCUACCCACCGGCUGUCUCUUCCUCUAUACUCUCAGCCUUCCCUCAAACCAAGGCUUCCUUCCUUUUCUCUUUUUUUUUUUUUUUUGGUUCAUGUUCAAUGAGAGUUUUCUCUCUCCCAUCGUUUACUGCUGAGUGUUUUCUUCUUCAUAAGCUAUCCUAAUGUGAGUUUUGUUCAGUUUUUUCACUUUUUGUUAUUUUUUUCUCAUAUCUAAUGGAGAAGUUAUUUGAGAUCUAUGUAUUA